GCGCGGUAGCCCGGCACCAGGAAGCGGCCGCGACCCUGUGCCGCGCCUGCGUCACGAGUCGAGGCGACUUCAAAGUUUUACUCUCGCCACAGAAACAUUCUCAUUGUUGUUAUUGGUGUCGUCAAUUACAACAACGACGCGUAAACAGCCACACCAGCGAGUAAACAACAAGUUAAUAACUUCGUCAACAAGUAAACAAGCGGAAUGGGCCAAGCCUCGAGUCAAUUGGGAGCGAAGGAGCUGACGGAGUACCAGGAGCUGACCUUCCUGACCAAGCAGGAGAUCCUCAUGGCCGAGCGCCGGUUUCUGGAGAUGGCGCGAGACCCCAAGGUGGACAAUCACACGGUCAACAUCGGUUCGGCCAUAGUCAAGAUGAGCACCCUCGUGGAGAUGCCAGAGCUGAAGGCGAACCCGUUCCGCGAGCGAAUCUGCCGCGUGUUCAGCACGGCGAGCGGGGUGGGGGGCGAGGAGUGCGCCCUCUCCUUUGAGGAUUUUCUCGACCUGCUGUCGGCCUUCAGCGACUCGGCCACGCCGGAGGUCAAGGCCUACUACGCCUUUCGCAUAUUCGAUUUCGACGAUGACGGGACGCUCAACAGUGAAGAUCUGAAGAGGCUGGUGAUGUGUCUCACGGGCGACGAGAACGCAUUGUCGGAGGAGGACAUGAACCAGCUCAUCCAGAAUAUCCUGGUGGAGUCCGACAUUGACCAGGACGGCACGGUGAACCUGUCUGAGUUCCAGCACGUUAUCACCAAAUCACCGGACUUCAGCAGCUCCUUCAAGAUCGUGCUGUAGGGGGCGGGAGACACCACCCCCCGCCGCCCCCUUCACUCCUCCUCACCUCCGAGUGUCAACAUUCGGCACUGGACACACACUCCUCGCAUCAACACGGCUUGAUUCGUGCACACGCCAACACGUUCACGUACCAACAUACAUACCAACAUACGCACCAACACGUACAGUUAUACACCAACACACGACCAACACUAUCUCACACCAUAGCGUAGCAUACCGACGUGCACGCUAGCACACACGCCGACGCGCACGCCAGCGCAUACCAGCGCAUACCAACAUGCAGCGACGCGCUCGCACGUCAGCGUGCGCCGCCUCCAAUUCGUUGGAUUUUGCAAGAACAGGACGCCGUGACAAGUUUUUAAGAAUAUUUAAUAUUUUAAUAAUUCACCUUUAAUGCGUGUUUCAAAUGUUGAUGAUUAUGACAUAUUACGGGAGUUUAUUUAAAUGUGCGAUUUAUUGCAUAAACCCCGACAUUUUAAAUUUGGGGGAAAGUGCUAAUGCAUAUUUUAGAUUGUGCUGAUAGAGCUGACAGGCAGAUUUACACAGGAGGGUGCACGGUGAGUUCCUUCCAUUCAAAGGGAACAAAAAAAUCAAACCAUUCAGCACAUGAAAAAUCGUUCGUAUGUCUCUGAAAAGCAGAGUCUAUAUUUUAAAAAUGUUAAAGUCUAAUUUUAUAAGCAGUGAUUUAUACAGGCGAGGAACUGUGACAAUGUGUUUUAAUAAAAGCCGUCUGUACUGGA